UCUAUAUAUGAGUAAUAGCCUAUAUGAAGCAUUAGUUGAAAUUUUGUUCAUGCAUGGGAGAUGUCUACUCUAAAUUGCAUAUUUGGAAUCGACAAAAAGGAAGGAUCUUUGUACUAUGCAACAAAAGCUGCUAUUAACGAGAAAUCUGACUACAUUGCCAUUGACGAGACCAUUUCUGGCUCGGUGGAAUUACGGAAAAGACCUGCAUAUAAUCUGUGCUAUGAGAUUUCACCAAACGAUGAUAUUAUAAGAUCCAGAGACAUGGAUGAGAAAAUGAAAAGAUGUCUUAAAGGAAGAUGGAAUGAGGACAUUAUAAUUUCAAGCAGUUUUCUGUUGUAUGAGAACGAGGAAUCAAAGGCAAAGAAUUUCUUUCCUGGUCUCGUAGCAACGUUUAGCAGUGAUGAUGAAAAUGGUUCUGAAGAAGCGACGUUCUCCGAAAUACUAUCCACGUUGAAGGCCGAAUCACUUGAGAUACCAUACUCCAUGAUGAAGCUCGUUUUAACCGUUGACGCAGAUGGCGACCGGAAACAUUUGCUUCGCGUAUUGAAACUCAACGAUUCUCAACUCCUUGAAGCUGAUGUAUUUGAGGUUUUUCCUGUGAAAUACUCCCGCCACCAUCCUUUAUUCGACUUUAAAAAUUCGAUAUUCAAGAGCUUCAAUGAGACAUGGGAAAUUCUCAAGUUAGCAAAUCUCCAUUUAAAUUCAAUUGGUUCAAAGUUACCUGAAAUGAAAGAAUUGCUACGCGUUGCGGAAAAUUACUCGACGAACACUUAUCGUCAUCCAUUCAUUGUUAUUGAAGGGCUGGAUGGUGUUGGUAAAACUACUUUGGUAAGGAACCUGAGCAUACGACUUAAGGCUCCAGAAAUUAAAAAUCCCCCUGAGGCAAUAUCUCAGUAUAGAGAAAACAUGACGAAACAGUGUCAACCUUUGUGCAGAGCUUUCUUCUCUCUGGGGAAUUACCUGGUGGCUGAGAAGAUUAAAGAUUCUUUGAAGAAAAGUCCAGUUGUUCUUGAUAGAUUUUGGCACAGUACAGCGGCUUAUGCUAUCGCAAUAGAAGCAAAAUGUGGUGACGAAAAAGCAAUUCCACCUGCUGGAAAUUCCGUGUACCAGUGGCCUAGCAAUCUUCUAAAACCCACAGCCGUCUUUUUCUUAGAACUGAGUGAAGACGAGCGUCAGAAGCGGCUGACAGGACGAGGAGGAAAUGAAACGGAGGAGGAAUCCCAACUGAGAAGUUGUCCGUUAUUGCAAAGAAGGUUAAUGAAAGCAUACAAAAACAUGGCCAAUCCUAGCUGUAUUGUUAUAGAUGCAUCAAAGAGUGAAGAUGAAGUCUGUGAAGAUGUUGUCAGGGAAAUGAUGAAACGAAAUAUUCUCAGCUACAAUAUUUCACCCCCGGAAGUACAACAGGGCAUCCAAAACUGACCAAGCUUUCAUCAUCUAUUCAACUGAACGCUCUCUCAUACGUUUUAAGCCGAUGAUGAAUCCUGGGAAUCCUGUGACGUUGAAAGAAAGAUUUAAGUAAAAGAAAAAAAAACCUUCCAUCAUCCCAAGUGCGAAUAGUCUAGGGGUCGAUCACUACAAUGGUCUCGCAACUGGCAAUUUAUUAUGACCUUGAAAAAAAGAUUAAAAUCAAAUAACAUUUUUGUUAUUACUCUUGAAAAUCAAAUUUAAUUUCACGAGAAUUGCCAUUAGUACUAAUAACAGUAUGUGCACCUUCCGGCAUAACUUGGACAUACCAGCACGGCAGUGGUCACACAAAGUCAGCGUCAGCUAUGGUGACAUGCCUUGUGAUAAAUUUAUGUAAAGUCACAGAUGAGCUAUAUAUCUGUGGCCAUUUGGUAUACUCGACGUUGGUAGUAAAAAAUAGUUAAGAUCGAAUAUACCAGUGUAUAUGGUAUACUCGACUUUGCAGUAAUAAAAUAAUUAGUGAAGGUGGAAUAUACCGGAUUAUGGUUUUGCCACUAACCAAA